ACACACACACACACACGCACGCAGGCGGGCGGGCGGCUGUGGUCAGUCGGUCUCCUCGCCAUAGGUGAUGUCUGUCUGGGCAUGAGAGCAUGAAACUGCACGCAGAGAUUCGCUGUCGGAGCUCCGCCCCAAAAUAACAUCAUCAUCAUCAUCAUCAUCAUCAUCAGUCGGAGAGAAAUAACUGGAGGGCACGAGACAGAGAAAACGCACGCGGACACAUACACGCGCGUCGCGUUCAUCCGACAGCUCCCCAUGCUAAUAUGAGGACGCCUCUGCUCUGCUGAAGGACCUCUGGAUUGCACAGAUUUACAGUACAGAAGUAGCUCUCUCAGCUCAGCAUGCGCUAAUCCCAACCGUAGCGUAGCAAGAAAGCGUUUAAAGCCGAGCGAUGGCGUCCGACGUGCCACACCGUCAGAUUGUCCCAAACCGGAGGAAACUCAGGCCCGCACGGGUUCUCGGACUCCUCCUCAGUCUUAUAGCAAUAAGUGCGGUUGCCUUAACAUGGCGCUCUACCGAACAGUGGGAGGAGCUACAGAGCCACGCCCCCCACAGGACACUGCUGUCCACACACCAGGGUUACCAUAGCAACGUCUCUGAGGACACGCCCAUUGCCAUGCGCUCAUCCGCAGGGUCAAAUGAGAGUCAAGGAGACUAUCCGACUGAUCUGUUCAGCCUUGAGGACCGAAGGCGCGGGGCGGUUUUAUUGCACAUGUUCGGCAUGCUGUAUAUGUUCAUUGCGCUCGCCAUCGUAUGCGAUGAGUUCUUCGUCCCAGCGCUCACGGUGAUCACGGAAAAACUUACGAUUUCGGACGAUGUGGCGGGUGCUACCUUCAUGGCGGCUGGAGGAUCGGCUCCUGAACUGUUCACUUCAGUCAUCGGGGUGUUUAUUUCCCACAGUAACGUCGGCAUCGGGACCAUCGUAGGCUCCGCCGUGUUCAACAUUUUGUUCGUCAUCGGGAUGUGCGCUUUGUUUUCCAAGGAGAUCCUGAACCUGACGUGGUGGCCUCUGUUCAGGGACGUGUCUUUCUACAUCAUCGGCCUCAUCAUGCUCAUCGUGUUCUUUCUGGAUAACAUCAUCACGUACUGUGAGAGCAUUAGCCUGCUGCUAGCCUACGCCGCCUACGUGCUCUUCAUGAAGUUCAAUGGGAAUGUAGAGACUCUGGUUAAGAGGAUGAUGAACAGGAACCAGGUGGUGGAGGUGGAGGCCCAACCCAAGUUGAGCCCUAGUGCAGUGGAGGAUGACAGCAAGCUGUCGGCCAGACCCCGCCUACAGAGAGGAGGAAGCUCCGCCUCUUUACACAACAGCCUGAUGAGGAACAGCAUCUUCCAGCUGAUGAUCCACACACUCGACCCUCUCAGUGAAGAAUUCGCUGACUCUGAGCUCGGGACGUACGGAAAGCUAAAAUAUUAUCAGUCCAUGACGGAGGAAGGAAAGUUCCGUGAGAAAGCGUCCAUCCUUCACAAAAUUGCCAAAAAGAAAUGCCAGGUCGAGGACUCAAAUGGAGUCGCUGGUGUGUGCUACUCCCUGCUGAAAACUCCGGCUUAA